AUGUCAGAAUCUACAACACAGAAAUCACAACAAUCAAGAAGGCCAAGAGGCGGGUUUAGAAAUCAAUCCAAAAGAUUUAAUAAUAACCCAUCCUCAUCUUCAUCUUCAUCAAAAUAUUCAGAUGAAAUCAAAUCAAAAUUAUCUCCAUUGAAUGAGUUAUUCCCAGAUUGGUCAAAUGAAGAUUUGGUAGAUUUAAUUAAUGAAUUUGAUGUAUUGGAAGUUAUUAUUGAAAAAAUUACAACAGGUGCAGUUAGUAAAUGGGAUGAAGUUAAAAAACCAACUAAAAAGGAAAAACAAGUUGUUUCUGAUGAGCCAAAACAUAUAAUAAACAAAGAAAAUGGAAGUCAUCCAAAGAAGGAAUUUAAACAAAGAAGUGCCACAACUCCAAAAGAGAAAGGUUUAAAGAAAACUAGUGCACCAAAAUCAACUAAACCAACUAGUGCACCAGCUAAUGCUUCAUCUGGUAAACCUUCUUCAUCUUCUUGGGCCGCUGCUUUAGCUAAUUCAGAUCCAAAGGCAAAAGCUUCAAAACAACAAGAACAACCUCAAGAAUCUACUCAAGAAUCUCAACAAUCUGAAGAACAAGAACCACAACAACAACAACCAGAAAAAGUGGAAGAAGAAGUUAAACAAGAACAACCAAAAGAAGAACAAAAGGAAACUCCAAAAGAAGUUAAAAAACCUGCACAAACUCCAGCAACUAGUAAUAAAUCUUGGGCUGCCAUCGCAGCUCCACCAGCUCCAAAGAAGAAACAAACUCCAAAACCAAAACCUCAAGCUCAACCUCAAGCUGCUCCAGCCGUUGUGGAACAACCUGAACAAAAAGAUGUUGAAAAAGUUGUUGAAGUUACAAAAGGUGUUGAAACCGUUUCUGUUGAAGAUAAACAAGAAUCAAAACCUGAAGUUGCUCCAACUGCUGUCCCAGCUGUUGAAGAACAAGAACAACAAGCUGCCCCAGCUUCAAUUCCAAAACAACAAGAAGUUUCUGCUGAAAUCCCAGUUACUGAACAACCUCAACAAAAAACUCAAAGAAGAUUACAACAAGAUGCUCCAGUUGUUUUACCAAGCUCUGCUAACCAAGUUGGUAAUGUUGGCGGUAUUUCAUUUGGUUCUUCAUUAUUACAAGAAGAUGAAAAACCUGCUCAACAACAACAACAACAACAACAAUCUGCUCAACCUCAGCAACAACAACAACGUCAAUAUAACAACUUGUACAAUAACCAACAACAACAACAACAAUUACCUCGUCAAUAUCAACAAGCUCAACAACAACAAAACAACUUGUAUCAACAACAAUAUCAACAACAACAACCUCAAGCUCAAGCUCAACAACAACAACAACCUCAAUCACAACAAGCUGGUCAACAACAACAACCUCCAAAAGGUGCUUAUGAUCAAUACUAUGCUGGUUAUCAAUCUCAUUUACCAGGUUACAACUAUGGUGGUUUAGAUUAUCAAUAUGAUCGUAACUCAUUAUACAACCAACAAAGAUCUGCUGGUGGUUCAGGUUCUUAUGAUCAAUCAUCUGCUGCUUCUGCUCAACAACAAGCUUCAGCCGCACAACAAGCUCAAACUUCACAAUUUGGUCAUCAACAAUCACCAUAUGGUAUCCCACCACAAAUCCCAGGUACUGGUAUCCCAAUGAAUGAAUUAUCAACUGCAUCACCAGUCACUUCAUCAGUUCAACCAAACACUGCUCAACCAACAACAACUGGUCAAGCUUCAGCUGGUCAACAACCAAACGUUGCAAACAUUCCAUAUCAAACUCCAGCCUUCUUCCAAAAUAUGCCAUAUAUGUAUUAUCCACAACAAUAUGCUUAUUUCCAACAACAAGCUGCCGCUGCUCAACAACAACAAUAUCCUCCAUAUAACCAAUACACUGCUGCUCAACAACAACAACAACAACAACAACAACAACAACAGCAACAACAACCAAAAGCUUAUGGUUAUGGUGUCCCACAAGGUCAACAACAAGCUGGUCAAGCUACUGCUUCCAACCCAGCUUCUCAAGGUGGUCAAUCCGGUACUUCUGCACCAGGCUCUCAACAACAAGGUGAUGUUGAUGGUCAACAAGCUCAAGGCCAAGGUCAACCACAACAAGCUGUCCAAGGUCAAGCCCCAUAUUAUCAAGGUGUUCAACCAAGUUAUUAUGGUGCUUAUGCUAAUGCUGAUUUCUCCGCUAAUGGUAGAGGUUGGUAUUAG